AUGGGUAUCAGAUGUCCACGUGCCUAUAUAGAAAUACCGCCACAAGACAUCACACCUCAUCCUGAAUAUACUAGAUUCGGUGUAGGCAAUAGUCUCGCUUUGAUCAAACUUAUUCGGCCAUUGAAGUCUCACUACAUGGUACCGAUAUGUUUACCAACGAUUCAAGAACGAGCGAAAAAGAAGAAACAAAAGUCCGUGUUUCUGGUUGAUUACAUUAGUACUGUUCCAAGAGAUUUUGAUUCGGAACGAUUAGCCAAGAAAACUCUGAAGUUGUACACUCAUAGGGAAUGUAAACAGCAUCGAAUGAAAGCGAGACUAGGUAGUGAAGGAGUCACGCAUGUUCUGUGUAGUUCAGGAUGUGGUGUCCGGCCUGGUGCGACCAUAAUCAGUCACUCAUCAGAUGGACCAUUCGAGCUAAUCGGAGUGGCAGCGGGUGGAGCUCCUUGCCAUCGCCGGUCCAUGCGUCGGCGCCUUAAUAAUGAACCACCACUCUAUAUAGACGUGUUUCCAUACACUAAUUGGAUCAUGAAUGUCAUAACUGCGCACCAUCUUCCUAAGCCAUAUCCUCAAAAUUUUAAGCUGGUUGACGCAGGGCCAGGGAUUGGCAUCAAUAAAUCGUAUUUAAGAAAAAGACGCAAACAGAAGUCUGGAUGGCGCGGUCGUACAUUUAUGAAUGGUAACUUUUGCUUCAGGAGUAUGAGACAUCAAAAGCGUGCUUCUUUUUUCUAUUCCGAGAAAUUUUCUGUGACGGCUGAUCCUCCUGCUAAACUACAUGUUAUAUUGAAAAUAUCUGCUGGUAUCGACUGCACAAUAGUGUGUGCUCGUCUAACUAUGCCCAAUCGGAUUUCGAAGCCCACUAUAGCAGGCGUUGGAGGAUAUAACCUAACUAUAACAUUCAACACAGAGUGGUUCCCAUACUCAUUUUUCUUUUCAUUAGCGCUUGAUGGGAAGAAUACUACUCAGGCAGAUAGACAAGCAUGGAUGAAUGAACGCUCUUCUGGUUUCUGGUAACAUGUGCCUAGUGUAUUAAUAAAAUCAUUUCAUAUUA